UGUCAUAACACCAUAGAUCCAUAACCAUUUCAUUUCUCUACAAAACCCAAAAGGCCAAAACAAAACAAAACAGUACUAUUUUAUUAGUUUACCAAAACUCUCUAAACUACGUAAACACAAAAUGAGGACCACCAAUGUUUUCCUAAUCACUGCAGCCUUGAUCUUCUCUCUACUUUUAAAUUCUCCAAUAUCAUCGGUUCUUGCUCAAAUCAAUACUCCAUGUUCACCAACCAUGCUCUCUAGUGCUACAGGGUGCAUGAGUUUUCUAACGGGAGGCGGUAGUUCGCCGACCUCAGAUUGUUGCGGGGCUCUUAAAUCGUUAACCGGAACCGGUAUGGAUUGUUUGUGUCUGAUUUUAACCGCAAGUGUUCCAAUCAAUCUUCCUAUUAACAGAACGUUAGCCAUCUCUCUUCCUCGUGCAUGUGGUAUGCCUGGUGUCCCCGUUCAAUGCAAAGCUACAGCAGCUCCUCUCCCUGCUCCAGGGCCUGCGUCUUUCAGUCCGACCACUUCUCCUGUAGAUUCGCAAGCUCCUGAUUCUGAAGGUCCUACUUUUUUAGGUCCGACCACUUCUCCAACAACUUCGCUAAAUCCUAAUGACGAGGGAAUUCCCGGAUCCGACGACAGAGGAGACCGGGACGGGUUCAAUCCAUCACCCCCGUCAGCCUCGUUGCCUUCCUCUUCGCACUCUCUCAAGCUUUCGCUUCUUCUAUUUGCUUUCGUCUUUGAGAUUAUCAAAUUCUUCUAAUUAGAUAGCAAAUUCCUUAUUACACGAUGUUACUAUUUCCUUUCCCAUUCUAUUUUUGUUGUAUUUGGUGUACGGUGUACUUGUAUUUAACAGUCCUAUUAAUAAAACAGUUUUCAUAA